AUGAAACGAGUAUGGAAUACGCUGAGUAAAAGCGUCAAGGGUGGUACGUUCCAAAAAAAGGCCGUCGAGCAAGUGGAGAAAAUAGAAAAGGGCAAAGUGAAGGUAUGUACAACUUAGUUUUCUAAUUCAUUUCUCAGUACGUGUUCAGAUUGCACCACCACAAUAUCCAAGCUCUCGAAGCGUGUCCGCGUCACCCGAAGAAAAACGAAAAAUUCAAGAAGUUGGUUUCCUGGUAAAUCAAUGGAAAAAUCUGAGAUUUAGGAUUUAGAUUCGAAAAAUGAGGAGUUGAUUGAAAACAUGAACAAGAUUCACAUCAAAAGCAAUGAUCCUCGAGAAAGGUGGAUAUCAAACAAGGAUCUUCCGACGAAAGAAGCUGAAUACCUUCAUCGAAAUGAUCCCGUUUGGGAGUACGGUUUUUUCGAACCAGAACUUGACAAAAUUCCGAAAAACAAGUUGAUGUUUCGCGAAGCUUUGGAAGUAAAAAACAAUCUUUGUAAAGUUGAAAAUUAAAAAUAAUUUGGGUUCUCCGAGCGAAGCAAGAGCUUUCCGAUGAAACGAGGAAAACUUCUUCUGAAGCUGUGAGGUUUUUAUGGAAACCUAUCUGAAAUGGUUUUUUAUUAAUAAAUUUCAGAAAAAAAGCGCUCGAGAAUUACUUACAAGGCAUCCAGCCAUAACUCGUGUUGAUUCUGAAGUCAUCGAGGAAAUUUUUGAAUACUUCCGUCCGUUUGAACGGAAAGAUACUCAGAAGGUUGAGAGAAUAUUAACUCUACAUAUGUUGAACUUAUCUCAAAUUUAGGUCGUUAACAAGUACGAAUUGGAAAAGCUUCAAGAACAUCUCAAAGGUCAGGUUGACACACAUGGACUGCUUGAUGCGCCCAAGGUUUUUUUUCGACUUUUCUCAACUUUAAUUCUAAAAAAUUCAGAAAAAGAUGAAGUUUCUGGUUACUGGGAAGGCCAGAGAGUUAGACGACUAUGAGAAGGUGAGAUUUGCAACUUUUCGAAGAAACCUUUUUGAAAAGGUGUUCAAUAGAGGAAGCAGAGACAAUUUAAUAAUCAACCAAAGUAUGCUUUCAAGAUAACUAAAAUCUAUUAAUAACCAUUCAAUAUAUUUUGUUUAACAGAAAAAUAGAAAGCUUCCAACGAUAAGAAAUAAAUUACCUUGUAGUAAAAGUUUUCAGCUUGAAAUAAGCGAAAAAGCGAAAGUCCGUGAAGCUGUAACUCAACUUCGAAAAGAAGAACAUGAGCGGUUGAAUAAGCGUUUGACAGAAAUACAGCAGGUUUCAAUAUUUUUUUAAAUUAUUCUUCAAAAAAAUCAGCCCCUCAUGUUUUACAGAUUGAAAAAAAGCCGUGGAAGAGUUCGAUGCGUCCAAAAAAGCGCAGAAAAAAUAAGAUAGAAAUUUUCAUACAUCUCAAUUUGUUUGAUAGGUUGCCAUAGUUUUCAUUUUGCGGGUUCGCUAUAAAAAAUUUUUGUUUUUUUUUUCCUUUAUUUACUGUAUGAAGCUUGCAAAUGUUACUUUAAUUGGGCGAUAAUAUUUUAAAUUUUUUUCAGGUUAAGAAACAAAAAGAAAUGUAUUAUGCGUCAAAUUAUAAUAUUAUAUUCUAAUACUACCAAAGGAAAAACUUAUCUUCUCCAUUUUCUCGUUUGAACUUUCUUCUCUACGUACUUUUUCCUAUCAGAUCGCAUGAGCCGAUCUCAUUUUUGUGUGUUCAGAAAGAGGAAAAAAAAUUCAUCCGGUUAAGACCAAGGUAUUGGAACCGAGGUUUGAGACCCUGAAAUGUCAUACAUAUUGUGUGAUCGUUUCUAGGUAUCAAUGUAAAUAAAUGUUUUACUUUAAUUCCUAUCGAAAUAUGACCUAUUCGCCGAGGCUUUUCUUCAUGAACGACAAAAAGAUCUACAGACAAACUGUUGUUGAAGUGAAAAAUUAGUGAUGCGUAGAAACUAUCACAUUUUAAAACAUUCUUCUGUACUGAGCGAACUGUGUUGAACUAUGUCAUUAUUUCGUAGUAUUUGUAAUAUAAUAUAUUUAUAAUUUUUUUAUGACCUCUUUUAUGGUUCUUUUUUUGAACUGAUCGAAAAGGAGGUAGGGAUGAAACGAGGUGCCCGAGUAGUCAUUGGUAUGUCGGGUGGUGUCGACAGUGCCGUUUCGGCCUUACUUCUUAAGAAACGAGGAUUCAAUGUAACGGCAGUUCACAUGGUAAAUACAAAAAAAUAAAGAGAUCAAUAAUUUCUUCAGUAAAUUUAAAGAUAAAUUGGGAUCCACUGGAGGAAGGUACGACCACCUGCCCACAAUCAAAAAGACGAAGCGGACGCGAAAAAGAGUUUGUUGGUUGGUCUAUUAAUACAAAUGAAUCUUCAAAGAAUUUUUAAAAGAAUGCAUCAAAAAUUUACAGUUAAUUAUAUUUUUGUUCUUUUUUAUAAAUUAUAAACCGCGAGGCUUUCUUUAUAACUCCGUUAAACACUUUUAUAACACUUUCUAAGGCGUUUUCUAAAAAAAUAAAUUUAUGUUGUUUUCUCACUUUCAAACUGUAGUGUUACUAUGAGUCUAUAUCCAUAGACAAAGUCUCAAAGGGUUGAAAAAAACUAUAGAAAUGUUUCUUUUAGGGUGAAAAAAUUUCUUUUUUUGCUGCCUUCUCGCGCCAUUUCAUCGGCUGUUAUGCAUCAUUUUUGAUACCUCUCUUUUUUUUCCACUAUUUCUUGAGCCUUUGAAAUCCUAGAAAAAAUGGGAGGGUCAAUAAAAGGACUCUUUUCCCUGCCUUACUGUGGCCUUUUCCAAACCUCUCCUUUUUAGCUGCCAUUAUUAUAUCCACCAUUCCGCCUUUGCUUGAGACUGAUUUCCGGCUGGCUUGAGCCAUCGAAAAAAGGUCCUGACACGAUAAGAAAAGAGAGAGUGUCUGGUUGGUGGAGAGUGUAGACAGGCCUUCCCUUUUCGAGUCCCAAGCUAGCUGUGAGUCUGCUGAAUUUCAAUUGAUAAAAAGGCAUUUCUUUCAGCCUUCUGGACAUCCCUUUUCACACGGUCAACUUUGUCAAGGAGUACUGGAACGAAGUUUUCUUGUGAUUAUUAUUAUUAUAAUCAUCAUUUCAAAUAUUUUUAUCAGAUCGUUCCUCGAAAACUACCGAUCAGGCAGAACCGUCGUGCCGGAUAUUGUUUGUAACUCCCGAAUAAAAUUUGACCACUUCCAAAAUUUUGCACUGGAGAAGAUGAAUGCCGACUUUGUGGCAACCGGUCACUACGCGACUACAUCUUUUGGAGAUUUUCAGGAGCAUCAUAGCUUAAAUAAAGGUUGUUGUAUGUUUAAAUCUGAUUAAUCUUUGAAUUACUUCUCUCACACGUUGAAAUACUCAAGCCUGUUUUUUGAAUGCAACUAAUGAUUUCCGAAGGUGAAACGGAGGAAGGACACAAACACACUCAAAUUAAACGAAGGCCUUAAAAAGCUUAGUUUUUUCUGAUUUUCUCACGUGGGUAGGAUUCGUGUUACUUCCAUGAUUUUCACUAUCGUAAAAAGUUAUUAUGACGGCCGCGUGUAUGAGAACCCAACUUUAAUUUUAAUGACUAUAGAAUUCUCAAAAUAGCAACCUAAGUUGGUUCAAACUUGCCUUCCUUACCUUCUGUAUUCAAACAAGGUGCUGUCAAAGUUUCAGAGGUAAAUCUACUCUGCGGCGCUGAUCCACUGAAAGACCAAACCUACUUCUUGUGUACUGUUCAGCAGGAACAACUGCGUCGGACCAUGUUUCCAGGUUCUUUCCUUUGCGUUUUAUUAGUUUCAUGUUUCAAUGGUUGCUCUUUAUUAUAUUCAAAUUCCAGUUGGUUCGAUGAUGAAAAGUCAAAUCCGACAGAUUGCAUUUGAGGAAGGGUUGACGAAUGUUGCAAAAAAAGCUGAGGUCAGCUGAAUUUAGUUUGAAUGAACUCCCAGUUUGAUUUGAAAAUUUCAGAGUAUGGGAAUUUGUUUUGUUGGCAGGAAGAACAAGUUUGAUCAGUUUAUUGAUGAGGUGAAGAUUUGAAGUUUAUUGGAAAGUUUGUACACAAGUCCAUAAUAAAGAUUAUUUCUCCCAGAAGGAUUUCAUCGUGAAAGCCUUUUCUCGGAAAAAAUUCAAUUUAAUUUGUUUCAAACAUGUAAGACUUCUCGGAAAAAUCUAAAUUUCAGCUUGCAGUACAUCGAACAGCGUCCUGGGAGUGUUACAGACCUCAACGGCGUGGUCAUAGGCGAGCAUGACGGAAUCCAUCAUUUCACAAUGGGAAAACGGGUUCAUGGUAGAUAUCUCAGAACGAAAAGUCAUCUUGGUUUUUUCGUCGUGAAGGUUGAAGCAGAAACUAAUCGGGUGAUCACGGUGAGCGUCACGGUUGCGUUUCUCACUCGAAUUAGGCGUUUCAGUGUGAAGGAUCGCAUCAUUCGAGUCUUUAUGCGACAGAGUUUUCCAUAAAUAUCCCGGAUUGGAUUUCGAAGAAAGCACCUACAGGUUUCAAAAGCAUUUUGCGGAAUUGAGUGACCUCUUCCUAGAUUUAGGUGUUUCCGAGGAAAUUGCAUGUCGAAUUCAAAGAGCCCAUCCAGCUGUACCUUGUAGGAUUUUCGAAUUCGGCGAAAAUCGGCUCAAAGUUGUUCCGAAGAUCCCUUUAAGAGCCACUGCACCUGGACAGGUUUGUUUUCGACAAAUAAAUGUAGAUUUUCUUUCUCCGGUAUGUAGAAGUUUUUCAAGCAUCUUAAAUAAGCUUCGGAUAAUAAUAUGAAGAUGAAAAUUUCUGGUUUCAUUUCUCAUGAUUGCAAAACUGCUCAACAUUGAAAGAAGAAGAUAGUUUAUAUGCAAUGUUUUGUUUCAGAUGUGCGUGUUUUAUCGUGGACGACAAUGCCUCGGGGGAGGUGAAGUUGUUUCCAUUGAGAAAACUUUAUUCGACACCUCGUGA